AUGGAGCUGAAGAAAGACAGCAACGCCGUGGCCAUCGACAUGCUGCUCAUCGUGCACUCUGAGAAGCGGCGCGCGGCCCAAGCCACGCAAUUGGACUCUCAAGAGGACCCGAGCGCGCUGCUGCAAAACCGAGGAGGAUUCCAAGGUGUCAGAAAUGGAAUCCGGAAAUGGCAAGAAUUGGAAAGAAACGGCUUUCAAGGAAACUUGUCAGAGAAGCAAUGCCUUCAGCAGCCUCAGGUCAUCACUUCCUAUGACAACCAAGGUACUCAGCUGACGGUGGAGAUCCACCCCCAAGACGCCACGCCCCAGCUACUCAAGAAGUUCUCUUUGGCGAAGCGUUUACAAGGUGACAAAAAUGGAAACAUGAGACCCCGGCAGCCUGGAGGGAAAGAUGCCCAUGCCUACCCCUGGGACAGGUCCAGCUUGAAAUCUAUGCCCCUGGAUCUGCGGCACUUUGAGAAACUUGAUGCCUCUGCCUCACAGGUAACAGUCAAGAGUGGCCUGGAUGAACUGGUGAGUGACUUGCUCCAGGAAGCCCACAGCGAUCUGGAAAAGGUCCGAGCCAUCUGGAUCUGGAUCUGCCACCACAUAGAGUACGAUGUUGAGGCCGCCCAAGAGAAGGACCGCCAAGCCUUCAAACCCACUGAUAUCCUGAGGACCCAGAAGACCAACUGUGAUGGCUACUCUGGCCUCUUUGAAAGAAUGUGCAGGAUCGCCGGUGUGCAGUGUGUCACCGUGCCUGGCUACUCCAAGGGCUUUGGCUACCAGACUGGACAAAGCUUCUCUGGAGAGUUCGACCAUGCCUGGAAUGCUGUGUACCUUGAGGGCCGUUGGCACCUGCUGGACAGUACCUGGGGCAGCGGCCUGGUAGACACUACCACCUCCAAAUUUACCUUUCUCUACAACGAAUUCUACUUCCUCACCCACCCCGCCCUGUUCAUCGAGGACCAUUUCCCAGACAACAAAAACUGGCAACUGCUGAAGCCACCUCAGUCCCUGAGGCAGUUUGAGAACAACAUGUACCACAAGAGUGAAUUCUACAACAAGGGUAUGCUGAGUGCCCACCCAGAGACGCCCAUGAUCCGGACAGUGAAUGGGAAAGCCACGGUCACCAUUGAGAGCUGUGCCCCAACCCUGUUCAUGUUCAUGCUCAAUGGCAAGCAGGAACAUGGGCUUCUGAGCCUAAGGAAGAACGGGAUGAAGCUGGAGGUGUACCCUCCAACCAUGGGCACCCACAAGCUACAGAUCUUCGCCAAAGGCAACUCUGAAAUCUACAGCUCAGUGCUGGAGUACACGCUCAAGUGCAACUUCGUGGACCUUUCCGUCCAGCUGCCCGCGGAGCUUCACCAGCCCGUGGGCCCCAGCUGGUUCUCAGAGCAGAUGGGCAUCACGAAGCCCUCCCACCCCGACCCCAUCAUCCACACCAGUGAUGGUCGCUGUUCCGUUAGCUUUGGCGUGGAGGAAGGCAUCAGCGUCCUGGCAUCCCUCCAUGGAGACGACGGCCUGGUCACCGAGGAGACGCAACUGCGCUACAUCUUCCAGCUGAACCGAGAGAAGAGGACAGAGCUGAAAGUCCAGCUUCCCCACGCGGGCAAGUUCGCCCUCAAAAUCUUUGUGAAGAAGAGGCAAGAACAAGGCAACUUCGUCUUUGUCUUCAACUACCUUCUGUGCUGCGCCAACACCAAGGUGAACUGGCCUAUGUUCCCGGAGAGCUUCGGCAACUGGGGGCAGGGCAAUGAGCUAUUGGAGCCCCUCUCGGGCGUCCUUCCCGCCAACCGCAACGUGCCCUUCAAACUAAAGCUGCAUGGUAUCGCCAAAGCGCUGGUGAAAGGGCAGGACACGUGGCCCCUGACCCUUAACCCCGAGGGAUACUGGGAGGGCAGCUGCAGCACAGCUGGCUGCCAAGAAGUCUACGUCAUGGUGCUAGAGAACGCUAACCACAACUUCUACUCCUACAUCCUGAAAUACAAAGUGAAUGACCAGUGA